AUGGCAGAGCAGAAAGUCAUCACAAGAAAUCGGCCCAUCAAAUCCUGCCAGUAUUGUUAUAAUCACAAAUUGAAGUGUGAUAAAGCCCAACCUUGCUCAGCUUGUAUAUCAUGCAAAACAACCGACCAAUGUAUCUAUGGAUUUGCUAAGAAGUCCUCAAAAUUCUCAUCUGGAACAAUCACGGCAAAAGAUAAACCGAUCAACAAGAAACCAUUUCGUAUGACAACGCAGCGCAUCAAGAAGGUUGGCAAGGGUUCCGCGGUUUACAAAUCAAAGUUCUCUUAUCCGUUCUUCUCUAGUUCAAUCAAUGAUAAAAUACUAAGUGCUGGCCAGUUCGAUAAGAGUGAAUUUGCAGAUGUAUCAGCAAGAAAUGAGCUCCACAAAUUCGAUAGAUCAGCUUCCCCUGCUCGAAGCCUCGAAGAAGGGCUGGCACUUUUACCUUCGUCAAAAGAAGCGGCUUUGAGUCAUGUUGAAACGUAUUUCGAGCGAAUAAAUCCAAUUCUUCCACUCUUCAGCCAGGAGAGAGUCAUAAAUGCCUUCACGGAUGUUUACCAUUCCCUUCACGUGCGGGAAGCUGUUGAUGUUAUAAACCUAUUGGUUAUAAUGGCAAUCUUUUUCUGUUCUUCGUAUGCUGAAGUGGCGUCAGGUGUAAUUCCUGACCUACUACUUUGCAACAAUUACUACAGAACAAUACGGCUUCUUUUGGAUAUUCUCGAAUUCCCUUUCAGGCCUCAUUUAGAGCCUUUACAAGCUUUUACAGCAGUACACUUUGUUAUUGAUCCCAAUAUGGUUGAUGCAAGUGCUUACGCUCCAAUGUUAGUAAGAAUGGGCCAGGAGUUAGGUUUGCAUAAAGGCCUUACUACAGAUACCAUCGAGAGUAAGCUCAUGUGGAACAUGUUGCUUUAUAUUGAAGGAUCAUCAUCUGUAGUACGGGGCUUUCCUUUUCUAGCCUCGGCAUCAGUGAUGAAUGAGGUACCUCUUCCCGAGCUGGAAGCUGACAUAGAUUGUGGCUAUCCAAUAUCCUUUACUACCGGUAGGUGCAAGAUCAAUCAUGUUUUCCGGGAUAUCAUGGAACUAACCUCACGAAAAAACAUCACCCUAGAAGAACUAGAAUCAGCAGAAGCCAAGAUAGAGACUUUAUACAAGGAAAUCUGCACUAUCAAUGUUUCGUUACUUAAAAAUCAUCCAGCUUAUUCCGCUUACUAUUCAAGUACCCUCAACGUUUUCCUCUAUCGUUUGCAUCUAAGAUACUAUGCUCUUUCGUGCCUGAAGUCGGAAGAAGAUAAACUCUUGUACAAAACGAGUCAUGUUGUUUCAUCUGAGGGACCCAUUGACAUUAUGGGCAUCCUCGCAGUGAAACAAAAACUCAGAAAAGAGGUCAUUCAGCUGUCAUUGUUAUUGCUACUGCACACCUAUAAAAGACUGGUCCAGAAAGAUAUAGAUAAAUUUGCUUGGUAUACCCGAGGUUCAACUGUCAUGCAAUAUCUCUUCGUUAUUAUUAAAGAUGUUUUUGAAAACCCAGAACAGCCUCUUGAAAUUAGCGAAUUUUCAGCGAUAUUUCGCCAAACUAUAGACGACGAUAUGUUAGAGAUCAUUCAAGGCAGUCCGGUACUAUGUAAAUAUGUCCUAGUGGAAGGCGUGCUAGCGCUGAUGGAGUUAAAGCUGGUUGCUUUAUGGAGUAACGAGGAUAUCUACAAACUUCUGCUUGUUAAAGCCGUGAAAGAUCGAGUGUGGCAAGUGAAUGGGAAAGUGUUAAAGGAUAACGAAGACACUAUAAAUUCCUUAAAAAAGUGCAAGCUCUUUGCUAUUGUAGUCGAACAGCUACAAAACCUGAAGAGUAUAAACUUUGAGGAAUGUUUGGAAGGAUGGGAAUCUGAUGACUUCUCUGUGAACAUGGACAAGAUUUUGACCAGCUGGGCGGUUAAUUUACCCAAUUUAUAA